CUAAGGAAGAGACAUCAAAAACAACCAAAUUUGCCGUAGUCGGAUUAAGUGGCUCUGGGAAAUCUGCAUUUGUAAACGCCGUGAGAAGCAUCGACAAUGAAGACAGCCAAGCAGCAAGGGUCGAUAUUGUGGAAGAGAAGAAAGAAGCAAAUGAGUACAUUCACCCUAAAAAUCCUCUGAUAAGCUUCUACGAUUUUCCUGGUUAUGGCACACGAAACUAUCGCACAAUUGAAACGUAUUGGUAUAAUUUCAAAUUGGAGCAAUUUCCAGUAUUUCUGAUUUUUAUCUCACUCAGAGUCACCAGCCUUGAUCUGGAUAUGAUAGAAAAAGUCAAAGACGCUAAAAAAAAAUAUUUUGUUGUUCGUACAAAAAUUGAUAUCGAAUACAUGUUGGAAAAAGAUAAAGAGCAUUUCAAUGAGCAAGAUCUUAUAAAGAAAAUCCGGAAUUACGUACUCAGUGAAACGAAAGAAGGAAAAGCAUUCCUUAUCAGUAGCUAUCGUCCAGACAGGUGGGAGUUCCUUAAAUUAGUACAUGCUAUUGACAGCAGCUUACCGAUUCCCGAAAAAGGGAUAUGGGGAAAUUUCUUUGCGAAGACAAUGGCGAAAUUUUCCGAUGCUUUCCAGGACAACGCGAUUGAGGCUGCAGAGAAACUGAUUAAAGACCUUGAUCAGUGGAAAGAAGUUAAAAUAUCCGUAGCCGUUGUCGGAAAAAAUGGUUGCGGGAAAUCAAGUUUCAUAAACGCCAUUAGGGGAGUCGACGAUGACGACGACAUUGCAGCAAAAACGGAUGUCGUCGAAGGAACAACGAUUCCAGUUAAGUAUUUCCAUCCAAAUAACCCUAAUAUAACGCUUUGGGAUUGUCCAGGUAUCGGUUCACUUAAAAUCUCAGAUGUUGAAACCUUCUGCAAAGAUAUGAAAAUUAAGGAGUAUGACGCAUGUAUCAUUAUGACCUCGGAACGGUUUGGAAAGGUCACUGCAGCUUUAGCGGAAAAACUUAAAUCAAUGAAAAAGCCUUUCUUUUUAACCCGCACGAAAAUUGACAACGACAUCAAAGUAAACGAAGAACGAAGAAGAAUACCAGAAGAAACUACACUGGAAAGUAUUAGGAGAGAUUGUUCUAACAGCUUAACAUCAGUGAAGACGCCACUUCAUGACAAAGAUAUUUUUCUGAUCAGUAACCACCAUCCAGGCAACUGGGAUUUCGCUCGCCUCACAACAGCAAUCAAAAAUCGACUACCCACUUGUGUGCGAGAGAGCUUUCUUCUUACCAUGGCUGCGUUUUCUCGAAGCAUUUUAAAGCAAAAAGUUGAAAAUCUUAAAGGUCGAAUAUGGAUGGUUGCAGCAACAAAUUCAUUUUUACCCGAGCGUAUAUCCGGGGGCUACAGCCACAUUAUUGAAGAAGUGAAAUUCUAUAGAGCUGGACUGGGAUUUCCUGAGAACCCUGGAGGUCAGCAAUCCAUCGAAAAAUUUUACUUAAAACCUGAUUCUGACGUGGAAAACUGGCUUAGAAAGUUUGACCCACGUUUCAACAAUUCAUACACGUCCCUGUGUCGUGCACUGAACAUUGUUUUGGAAGAAAUGGAAAAGACUGCACUGGAACGUCUGAAUGAAACCGUUAGAAGGGGCGCACACCAUGUUUGAAAAUGACAAUUGUAGACGAAACAUUAAUCGCACAUAACGCAUGACAGUUGAACUUGCAGUCACCGAUAGUUAAACUUCUAAUUUACUUAUACUUUUCUAACUUAUCUGAAAUCAGGAAGAUGAUGUUUACUCAAGUAGUAAACAGGUUUUUUCUUGGUUAUAGAAACGGUGUGUUUUUAUAAACUUACCCAUUAAACUUUAAGCAUUUAGUAUAUGU